UUGGCAUACAGAUAAAUAUAGUUAAAUGUUUCAGCCCAUCUAUGAUGGGAAAUUCCCAUUUGAUCUCCCGUUUUGUUGAUAUUAGAAUAUGUUAUGCCUUUAUUGUGAAGGCAAGUGCCAGAUAUGGUAGUGCUUUCCGUAUUUUAUUUAAAGCUGCAUCUCCCUUUCUCAACCAUGUUCUCAACACUAUCAUCCGGAAAUGUAGGAACGUUUCAAACUCUCAGUCAGCUACUAGACUGCAAUAAAGUUAAUACUAGGUCACUACUACUGAUACUAAUAAUAGUAAUAAUAAUGAUCGAUUAUUCAUGGGCUCAUUAAGGCGUGUAAUGCAUACACAUUGUAUAGUUUUAUUAAGUAUUAAUUUGAGUGCUGAAUGUCUAGUAUAAUGUGGGCCUAAUGCAAUGAAAUGUUAGCAUUUUGUAUUAGCCUAUAUAAAUCUGUAAAUGGACGUUAAAUCCAAUUGUACAUUUCAUAAAUAUGUCACUAGCUGUGGUUACAAAGGGCUGUCUUGGGGCUGUAGAUAAUUUAAAGAUUUAUGAAUCGUAUUCGAGGUAAAGUGAUCAGCCAUAAUUGUUAAUUUUUUUCUGUAAUGAAACUAACUAAUUAAAACCUUACAGUCACCUUCAUCGCUAACACCCAUCAGCAGUGUACUGAAACAGUACAAAUGUUACAGUGGAAAUCACUACAAACCAAACUACAUGUACUAGUGCAUAUUCCCCCUCCAAAUGCAAAUUACACAACACAUGCAAAUUUGCACAGACAUACACACAACCCUUGUCACCAUAUGUGAGUAGUCAUGACAGUGUUUCCAAAUGACUAACUACAGACUAUAAGCCAUAAAGUGUGUUGAAUUUGGACAACAUAGGACAUCUGAGUUGAUGAUACCAAUAGCGAACAAUAAAAAAAAAAUCUAUGAAGUGCUACUUACAAAUUUACAAGAAUAGGCAGUACAAGUGUCUGAUGAAACACUCUAAAUACAAGAAUGAUCUCUUUUUUGGUUGCCACUGCAAUAGACCCAGCACUGUUUCAGGCUGCUUGUUCAUUUCCACAGCACUCAGACUCUUUAAACUCUUUACACCGGAGAGUGGUGCACUUGACGACUGGCUCAUAUUUUCCAAUUCAGUUUUUUUUAACAAGUAGUGCAUUAGUCUAGACCUCAUAGGUAGACUGAUGGAUCACAAUCAAGCAUGAAAUUGGCCUAUCUGACUAAUGAUGUAAUGUGAGAAUUGGCAGAUAUAUGGCCUAUAGUGGUGAACACUCUUUAAAGGGCAGUGCUUAGGGAUGCAAACAUUAAAGGGACAAAUGCCUCAGAGUUAAUAUUAUUGUUAAUAUUAUUUAUUCUGUAAGUAGAUUUUUGAAAUAAGCUACAUUUGGACCUUAGACUAUAGUUUUAUUUUUAAGAUUUUCAUCAUCCAAAGUAAAUGUUUGAUUGUAUCCACUGUUUCAAUUGUACUUUAUUUAUGUCAGCUGUAACUACAGAGGUUGUCGACAAUAUUUGGUCCUCCUUUUACUUCAUGUUUUUCAUCUCUAGAUCUGCAUGGUUCAGACCGGCGCAGCGACAAUAGCUAACAUGACCAUUGGUGAUUGGCGGGUACGAGCGUUGCGCGCCCUCGUUGUGUCUCUAGUAGCUAGUUCACCUAUUCACAUGUAAAUGAACCGUCGUAUAUACCAAGUACGGGCCCCCUCGGAGCAGUACUAACGAGCCCAGUCUCUCUACAAGCUUGGUUGGCCGCUGGGAUCGCUCGGCCAUCUGUUCCCAUUGACGAGCUGUAACGGCUUUUUGGAUUACAAACCGACCUCCAGUUCAGUGGGCUUCUGGCAGCGCCUGGGUUAAACUUCAACAACAUGGCCCCCAUCCGUAACAAGACAAACGGAAUAGACAGAGGUGAUAACUGCAGUGAGGUCAAGUCUGACAGAAAGAUGAGGAAACCUCUGGUCGAGAAGAAAAGAAGAGCUCGCAUCAAUGAAAGUUUACAAGAACUCAGAGUUCUCAUCGCGGACACAGACUUGCAAUCAAAGAUGGAGAAUGCCGAGGUGCUGGAGAUGACAGUGAAACGAGUGGAGAACAUCCUGAAAAACCGUGCCCAAGUGGACGCUGUGAACCGGGAGGCCUGUGAGCGGUUUGCUGCAGGUUACAUCCAGUGUAUGCAUGACGUGCAUACUUUUGUGUCCAGCUGCCCGGGAAUUGACCCAACAGAUGCCGCGGAGCUGUUAAACCACCUCCUGGAGAGCAUGCCCUUGAACGACGAGGACCGCCUCCGGCUGAUUCUGCCGGACACCGUUGCGGACAGUAACAGCACUUGGUCCCUGUCUGAAAGCAUGUACACGGCCCUGGUGUCCCCGGCCCCUUCCAGCACCUCCACCGAUGACCUCUGCUCUGACUUGGAUGAGACAGACUCAGAGCAAAGCCAUGUAUCGUCUUCAGAGGAGCCUGACGGCCAGGAUGUGUUGAGCUUGCCUUCUUUUACUUACUCCAAGUCAGUGUGGAGACCCUGGUAGACCGGCUAAAACGGAGUAGCAUGUUUUAAACUAUAGUAGAUGAUUUACUGCUUUGUGGUAGGAUGUUGUGUGGGAUAGGCAUCAGUACAUGACAAAGACACUGCUGAGAUGACAACUUUAAAACUUGUUGAAAAGGCAUCUGAGAAGCUCUUUGUAAAAUUAUUCUGGAACUACAAUUAAACUAAAAUGUAUUUAAUAAAUAAAGUAUGUAAUUAAAUCUGUUUUGCAGAGGUCAGUGACCUUUAGGGUCUUCAUUUGGAAGUGUAUUGGCUUUGUAUAGGCCUGCCUUCAGUGAAGGGAGUAAAUGCAUAUGUAAAUAUUUACUUGUUGGAUAUGACUGGGCUGUAUAAAGGAUAGCUGUCCCGUUAGAAAUGCAUUUUUAGCUGUGUGUAAAUUAUUUCUUAUUUAGGAUGUCUUUAACUUUGUAUUUAUACAUGUCAAAUGGCUGUUGGUAGACUACCUCAUCUGGUUUCCCUACGUUUCAACAUUUUAAUAAAUAUCUUUUGGACAAGUUA